GCUCAGUGACCAUCUCGUGGAGUGCUCCAUUCUCUCUGGAUGUGACUGGUGUUGAUCCUGAUAUCUGGUACUCUGUCCUCAUCUACAAUGUGACAGAUGAGAACAACCCAACAGCCAUCCUCUGUACUGACUGUAUCAAUAUCACUGAGACACACUACACCUUCACUCCUGACUACCUCAGUCCUUGUCAUGUGUACAACUUCUCUGUCAUCCCUCUGAAUGGAGCUGGCCAGGGAGAGAGCAGUCCCUUUAUCUCUGGAUAUGUUUUGAAGUUGUCAGCACUUAUAAAGACUCACAUCCGAGCUAUCUCUAUGGAGAAGACCAAAGUUACGUUUAUGAGUAAUCCCACCGGUGAGCUUUGUAGUAGCUGGAGAGUCACUCCUGAUGUAGUGGAUGAUGAUCUUGUCAUUGAAUUGCCUCUAUCACCAGAAGGACCAGAUGUCACCUACCAACUCCGUGCUGACAAUAGAUAUUCAUUCCUGGUGUCCCUUUCUAGUGGAGUAGCCCUCCUGUGGAUCAAUUUCACUACAUAUGAUGUCCAGAGUGCUGCCGCUGACACCACCAAGGGUACCAAUAAUGAGAUCACUUUCACUGGAGAGUUCAUUGAAAACACAAUGGCUAAAGGGUGUUUCGUAGUUUUACAGGGUGAAUAUGGAAAUCCUGAUGUAUUCAGAGCCCUACUACGGCCUGAUGACUCCAGCACUUAUGUACAGAGUACUAUUCAUAACAUUUUAUCUUCAACGUACCAUAUGUUAGUGUAUGACCUUGAGGAAGACGGGACUGCCUAACAGCCAUCCUGCUGUUGAACAGAACGCUAAUGUCACUGUUCUUGGGAAUGGUCCCAUCGCUGAUGCAGAAUCUCAAUUUCUUAACAAUGGCAGUGUUUACGUGAAUGGGGUGACAGUGAAGGUGAAUUGUAAGUUCAAAGAAGGUAUAGAUGGAGCCUCAUGUGUCCUGGUCUAUCGAGAGUAUGGUAACAAGACACUAGUGGUGGAGGAAUAUCCUAAGAACAUUGUCUUCCCUGUGACUCUGACUGUUGAUGGAGAUCAAUACACAUUCGCAGUCUUUGGAAAGAGCAGUUUUGAUUUAGAAGAAAGACCAAUUGCUGUCAGAACUAGUACCACAACACCACAGACUGAAGUAACUAUUUCAGGCAAAUAAAUGAAACUCAUGCAGAUGAGGAGGGGACAAUGGAGACGCAAGUUGUUGCCAUAUCUAUAGGUACAGCACUAGCAGGUGUUAUGAUAUGUCUCACAGCAGUGUUGGUGCUGCUGGUGGUAGUCAGACAGUGCCACACACACAGGAAGAAGCGAUCUGCUGCACCAGUGGCAGUGUAUGAUGAGGUAGUUCUUCCCCUGACCACCACCUCCUCCAUUCCAACUGAGCCGUCUCACACUACUACCAUCCCCACUACUGGCAAUGUGGCCUAUGAGACCACAACUCCCAUCAACACUGCUCAUAAUGUGGCUUAUGAAACUCAUAAUGUUCAGUCCACUGAUGCUGUCCAUUAUUAUAUAUAG